CAUCAUGCUUUUAGUGGUUGGAAGUGUGAAAGAUGUGACCUUACUAACAAUCUGUGGUUGAACCUUACUGAUGGCAGCAUACUGUGUGGUAGAAGAUAUUAUGAUGGUUCUGGUGGUAACAAUCAUGCAUUGGAUUAUUAUAGCGAAACCAAGUACCCAUUAGCAGUUAAACUUGGCACCAUUACUCCAGGAGGAGCUGAUGUCUACUCUUAUGAAGAAGACUCAAUGGUGAUGGACCCUAAACUAUCAGAACAUCUCUCACACUUUGGAAUAAACAUGAUGAUCAUGUCUAAAACUGACAAGACAAUGACUGAGUUACAAAUAGAUGCUAAUAUUAAACUGGGGGAGUGGUCAGUGAUUCAGGAAUCAGGCCACGAGCUAAAACUGGUUUACGGUCCUGGCUAUACCGGUCUACAGAACCUUGGUAACAGUUGCUACAUGAAUUCCGUCAUGCAAGUUCUUUUUGCACUGCCCGAGUUUAAGGAGAGAUACUAUGAUACUGCAGUGGAUACUUUUAAAAGACAAACUGGAGACCCAACAAAAGACUUUAACACUCAAAUGUCAGUAAUACCUUGAGCGGUUAUUAAAUGUAGGCUGUUGACAUGACAACCAUGUUUUGUUGCUAUGGCAGCCAUGAAUAUAAAGAUUUGAAUGGUGGAUAGAGGAUUUAACUUUUUGAUUGUAGUAAAUUAAUGUGUCAAA